AUGAUGAACAGGUGGUGGUGUUUGUUGGUUCUCCACGACGAUGGUUUCGGAUUCUGGUAUGACGAUAUAAGGGUGGAGAUAUGUGUUUUGUCCGUAGUUCUAGGCGGCAGCAGGUGGAUGUUCAGAACCAAUAUAUCCAAGUUCAAAGCUCCAGCAUUCCAUGUUUUGAGACUUGAGGUUAGUGAGUUGGACCAUAAUCAUCAAGAAAUGAAGAAAUGACCGAAAGACAAGCACUAAUAGUUGAAUUCAUCACCCUCAUGGCAACCCAGCGAAUGCACAUUACACAUUAGGUUAUUUUAGUAAAUAUUUGUAUGAGUUUUAGAUAUCUUUAUUAUGUUUUGUGAUUUAGAGUUUAGAUGAUUAUUAAAACUUGUGUCGUAAUGUAUUUAGAUUUAUUGUUUUUGUGUAUGAGUUUUAAAUAGAAUUUAGUCAUU